CAGUGUGACCAGAGAAAUUACCCAAAUUUCAAAUGAUCAUUCGGUCUUCCAAAAGUCUUCUUUUUCUCUCUCUCCCCCGAUGAUUUGCUCUGACUCUCUCUCUUUCUCUCUUCUUGCUCUGUCAUUCGUCUUUGAAUUAUUGAUACUCUGCUCUCCUCCACAUAUUGCCCCUUUGUUUUUCUCUCAGAUUCCGUGAAAACUCUGUUUGUCUGGCUCUUUUGUGAAACCUCUAAAAGACCCACUUCCCAAACCCCAAUAUCCAUUCUUUCUGCUGUUUCCGAUUCUGAUCUUCAUUUCUGUACGGGCUUCCCAACCGGGCAUGUGAAGGAGCCUCAAGUCUCUCAAGUGAUUUUCUUUCUUUAUAUUGGAAUGGGUAUAUAUCUCAGCACUCCCAAAACUGAAAAGUUCUCUGAAGAUGGUGAGAAUGGCCGGGUCAGAUAUGGUUUGUCAUCAAUGCAAGGGUGGCGUGCCACCAUGGAGGAUGCUCAUGCAGCAUAUCCCGAUCUCGAUGCAUCCACCUCAUUCUUUGGUGUUUAUGAUGGCCAUGGAGGUAAGGUAGUUGCUAAAUUCUGUGCGAAGUAUCUUCACCGUCAAGUGCUCAAGAAUGAAGCAUAUGCGACUGGAGAUAUAGGAACUUCUGUUCAAAAAGCUUUUUUCAGAAUGGAUGAAAUGAUGCGUGGACAAAGGGGCUGGAGAGAGUUAGCUGUUUUGGGAGAUAAGAUAAACAAGUUUACCGGCAUGAUAGAAGGAUUAAUUUGGUCCCCAAGGAGCAGUGAGGGUAAUGAUCAAGCUGAUGAUUGGGCUUUUGAGGAGGGGCCUCACUCUGAUUUUACUGGCCCAACUUCUGGGAGCACAGCCUGUGUUGCAAUUCUUAGAAACAACCAACUUCUUGUUGCAAAUGCUGGUGAUUCUCGUUGUGUAAUAUCUCGGAAGGGUCAGGCAUAUAAUCUGUCAAGAGAUCACAAACCUGAUCUUGAGCUUGAGAAGGAGAGGAUUUUGAAAGCCGGUGGUUUUAUCCAUGCAGGACGAGUCAAUGGCAGCUUGAAUCUUGCAAGAGCUAUAGGUGAUAUGGAAUUCAAGCAGAACAAAUUUUUGCCAGCUGAAAAGCAAAUUGUAACUGCCAGUCCAGAUAUAAACACUGUUGAGCUUUGUGAUGAUGACGAGUUUAUCGUGCUAGCAUGUGAUGGCAUCUGGGAUUGCAUGUCUAGCCAGCAAGUGGUUGAUUAUGUACAUGAACAACUGGUCUCGGAAAGCAAAUUGUCUGUGGUGUGCGAGAGAGUCCUUGAUAGGUGUUUGGCGCCAACAACUGCCGGUGGUGAGGGGUGCGAUAACAUGACCAUGAUCAUAGUGCAGUUCGUGCAGUUCGUGCAGUUAAAGAAACCCCUGCAGUCGGCUGGAUCUGCAGACGAGAGACCCUCACCAACCGAGGAAGCUGGAACUGGAAGUGAUUCAAAGGCAGGUGAAAGUGAACCGAAGUAGUGGCUGCUGUGUGCCAUGAAACUAGAAGGGAUUGCAUCACGUUUUACUCUUUCAGAAGAGAAUGGGUUCUCAGAUUUGUAAUUGUAGAUGGAUAUGGUUUAGCAGGAAAAAUGAAUGGAUUAACAAUUAGUUAAAAAUUCGUUUUUUGUGCUCUUGAAUUUGUUUUUUUACGUUUGGAAACGCAAAACUUGAAUAGUAUGUACAGAUUAUAACAAAGUACAACCCAACUGUUUGAACAACAGCAGCAUAUGCUAUAUAAAUAUUUUGAGCUAUUUACAAGUUC